GGACCGCGGAGGAAGGACCCGCCCCCGCCCUGCCCUUGCGGGCGUCCCUGAGGGCCCCGACGCGCGGAGACCCCUUCCCCGCCGCGGGCCACGGUCUCGCCUCCGGGCCUGGCGGGGGCGGGGGCGGGGGGGGGGGGGGGGGGGCCGCCGCAGCGGCCUCCCGCCCUCCUCAGCUCUGGGCGCCGAGUCUGCAGCCUGGGCGCUGAGAGCGGGCGCUGCAGGGGCCCCGCGCCGCAGGCUGAGAAACUUAGGGCUGGGGGGCCUGAGCACCUGCAUGUUAGAACAGACAUGCAUGAAUGGCCUGUUAGAGCGGAACUGAAAGGAACCCGAGAACCCAGAACGUUAGAGCAACAGAACGGCAGGACGGGAAGGGGCUGCGAGCCCAGAACGUUAGAGCAUCAGACCAUAGAAUAGCAGGACUGCACUAUAUUUUAGACUGGUAUUGUCAAACUCAAUAGAAAGGGAGCCCUGAACCAUUCACAAGGAUCUCUGUGGUCUGCAUAUUGACUUAGUUUUAAAAUGUAAUAUUUGUAUGUUAUUAUAUUUUUAUAAAUGUUUCCUAAAUUGCACUUUAAUUGGUUCUGGUCGUCGGCAUAAUUGACAGAAUCAGGCAGAUAAUGCAGGAGUGCAGAACGUAAGGCUCCGUGGUACGGAGAAUAUUAGAAUACAGAGUUUGGAAUGUGAGAGAUGGAAAGAUAGGGCUGAAACCGAGCCAAGAACGUGGAGCGCCAGAAAAUAGAACGUGAAGUCAGAGGGGCUAGAAGGAACUUCGGACAUAAAAUGUUAGAAUAUGAAACACAGAAUGUUAAACCUAGAAGGGAUUUCAGUUUGUCCAAUAAAGGAAGAAAUAGGCCUGGAGUUACUUGCCCAAGACCUAUGUGGCUAGUCAGGGCAAGGGCUCAAACUCCGUGCUCCUGUUUCCCUAGGCCUGUACUUUUUCUGUUAUGUUGUUAUCUAAAGGGAUCUUGGAACAUCUUGCUUGGCAAGUUUUAGUAGGUAACAGUCUGAUCUCUUUGCAGGGCAGAGGAGUGCAUGGAGGUGUCAGGUGGGUUGCCCAGAAAUUUUGGGAAACAGUUGGGCAUAGCAAGGUCUGAUUCAGGAUAGAAAUAGUCUAAAAGCAUAUUUGUUACUAUUAGGAACUGGAUUGAUUUAGAAAACAAAAUAUUUCUUGUGAUUUAUGCUGUUGAGUGUAAUGGAAAGAGCACUUAAGAGUAGAGAAUCUGAAGUCAAAUUCCAGCUCUGUUACUACCACUUUGUUACUAUUACUCUGUUACUGAAGGGAGUUAUUUGCUCAUUUGGAACAAUAUUACAAGUCUCAAUUUUCCCGUUUGUUACAAAUUACAUUUAGCUUGAACUAGAUGAUAUAAUGUAUCUUAAAGCUCUAUUUAAGAGUCUAUCAGUCUAUUAAGAGACUGAUAAAACAAAAGGGUUCAGUUUGAGGGCUAUUCAGAGGGCUCCUUCUUGGAAUCAGGAAGACUUGAGUUUAGAUCAUGAUAAAAACUAGCUAUGUGACCUUGCACAAGUAAUUUAGCCUGUUUCUUCAAUGAUAAAAUAGGGAUAGUAACGGGAAUUACUUUUCAAUAUUGUUGUGAAGACCAGGUGAGAUAAUGGUUUUAAAAAGCAUAGUUCCUGGCACAUAAAGAAAGCUCUAUAUAAUUAUUUCCUUUCUCCUUUACAGAUAUCUAAGUUUUGUGUGUUCUGAGAUUUAGCUAUAUUAUUGGUCCUAUAGCCAGAGAAUUCAGGCAUUAUAAGACUUCAAAUAAAGGAGCACCUUUAGAGGGUUCCAGAAAAUGGAAUUGGAAGGGAAACUUGCCUUAAUAAUUCCUGCCUUAUUUGUCUUGUAAGUUCUUUGAAAAACUGAAUGUAUUACGUAGACAAAGGAUGAUUUUCAUGGCAAUAAGAUUCGAAGCAAGGUGGUUUCCUUGACAAUCAUAACCUCUAGGCCAUGGAUGAAAGAUCUCUGGCUAAACCUGCUGUCCCAUUGUCUUCUUUGCCAGGUGAACUUUGGGCCUAUCCCAGAUGGAGCCUGGGUAACUUCUUUUCAAGAUAACUGCCACGAUGCCCCACUGAAGAUUGUGGGGAUAAAGUAGGAGUUCUCUCCUGUCCCCUUCCCAUGGUCAGCUCCCCAAUGGCCUGGGUGAGCACAAUCCUUGACGGAAUAGAUGCUUGUGAAUUGGACUGGGGAGGCAGAGGUGCAGGGGGUAGAAAACCCCCUACAAGGCUUUGUACGAGGCUCCAUACCUAGGAGCAGAGUAUAUUCUGGGACUCUGCCUCAUGAGCUUACUGCUUCUGUCCUGCAUUUUCAUCUCAGAGCUGACCAGCUGUUUUGACAUCAUGGGAAGCUGCCUUGGCUGCCUCUACAGAGACAGUAUACCAAAUAACCAUCCUACUAAAUUCAAGGUAAUAAACGUGGAUGAUGAGGGAAUGGAGCUGGGCUCUGGGGUGAUGGAGCUGACCCAGAGGGAGCUGGUGCUGCACCUCCACAGGCGUGAUGCUGUGCGGUGGCCCUACCUCUGCCUGCGGCGAUACGGCUUCGACUCCAACCUCUUCUCCUUUGAGAGUGGCCGGCGCUGCCAGACAGGACAGGGCAUCUUUGCGUUCAAGUGCUCUCGGGCUGAGGAGCUCUUCAACCUCCUACAGGAUCUGAUGCAGUGCAAUAGCAUUAGUGUGAUGGAAGAGCCAGUCAUUGUCACUCGGAGCAGCCACUCAGCCGAGGUUGGCCUGCCCCAGACCCCCCAUGCUGCUAAUGCUCUGGGCUACACUGUGUCUGGCUUUUCUAAUGGCUUCCCCAACUUCCCUGGAGAUGGCCCACCAUAUUCCACUCCUCGUCCUGCUUCUAUGAGCAGCUUGCGACAUUCUUCCCUUGGAGAGGAGUCCACCCAUGCCCUUAUAGCCCCUGAGGAGCAGUCCCAUACCUAUGUCAACACACCUGGAAAUGAGGAAGACAGAAGGGGCCGGCGCUGCCUACAGCCUUUGCCUGAGGGUCGGGUAGGGUUCCCUUCGAGGGCUCGAAGCUGUGUCCUAGACAGCCGAGACCCCAAGGUGUUCCUGCAGCCAGGUCAGGUGAAGUUUGUCCUGGAUCCAAGCUCCACACUCCGUCAUGUGGUGAAGUGUCAGGGUUAUUGUGGCAGCCCUGGGCCAGAAUGUGGGGGUCCUCUCUGCCCUGGCCAGCAGGGUGGACCAGCCCACAACAACAACAACGAGUGCCCGGCUGAGUGUCUGGCUCAGCCCAAGUGUACGUAUGAAAACCUCACUGGUGGGGGGCUGCCCCGUGGUGGGAAUUGGAGACUGAGCCAAGAGGAGCUGAGCUGGAAUGGCUUUUCACAGCGACGGGCAGCUCUUCUACACUAUGAGAACCUGCCUUCACUGCCACCUGUGUGGGAGAGCCAGGCUCACCAGCCAGGAGAUGAGGAUGAUGGGGACUCCAGAGAUGGGCUGACCCCUUCCUCCAUUGGCUACCCUGAUGGUGGUGAUGAGGAUGAGACGCCACUCCAGAAUUACAUAAAUGCUCGGGCUGCCCCUCGAAGUCACAUCAACUUCCCUGUGCCGCUGUCCCGCCGGCGGGGGUCUCCUCGAGUAUUCAACUUUGACUUCCGUCGACCAGGUCCAGAACCACCCCGACAGCUGAACUACAUUCAAGUGGAACUGAAGGGCUGGGCUGGGGACCACCCCAAGGAGCACCAGAGUCCCCCAGCUCCUCGUCCUCCAGUGCCCUCUGCCUAUCCCACCCGCCGGUCAGAUUCUUACGCUGUGAUUGAUCUUAAAAAGACCGCAGCCAUGUCCAGCCUACAAAGGGCGCUACCCCGAGAUGAUGGCACUUCCAGGAAAACCCGCCACAAUAGUACUGACCUGCCACUGUAGGGAGAGGCCCACUCAUCAUGGCCCAGAGUGUGCCUUCCUAUAGCCCUCCUCUUCCUCUUCCAUCUCCAUCCAAGGAGAUUUUAGCCAUUGGUUCCCAAUGUUCCUGGAUCCAUUUUCCUUAACUCCCCUCUAGAGGGUUUGCUGCUGCUUUGCUGGAGGACACUGGGGCAGGGAGCAUCAUACCCUGAUGCAUGCUGGGGUUCACCAAGAUACGUACUACUGGGCUUGGGGUCUCCUGGAGUCAGCCUUCUGGGAAGAGGGUACUUGGGAGAGGAGGGAGCAAAGCUGUGAACUGUGAAAAGAGAUCAUUUGUGAUCACAUUUGAAGCUACUCAAUUAGGUGUCUUGUCUGUCUUUUUUUUUUUCUGUUGCAGUUUGGAAGCAUUUUGUACUUUGAUUUAUUUAUCAGUUUAUUUUUCUAUUUAUUGUUUUAAAUGUUAUUUAACAUAUUUAUUAAUUAUUAUUAUUAUUAUUUUUAAAUCCUGGCUCUGUGGCUGAUGUUACCGUUGUGUUGGAGUUCCUUUCUGGGGAGGGGAUGGAAUUUGGGAAAGUCUUCUUGGGUUAGAACUGGAGGACUCUUGAAGGAAGGCUUUUUGAGGAAGCCCAGGCAGCUCUGGGUUAUGUCUUAAGGGCUAUGACUAUUUCUUAUUCUCCUCUUAAGGGAUCCUGGCCCAGAAGUUGCCUCAACACUGUCUCAUUAAAGUCUGGCUAACAGAACAACAGCUGGGACCCUGGGUAGAGAAAGGGAAUCUCCUUUCGUGAAUGACCUUGUAUGUAAUUCAUUAGAAUAAGCAUUUAAUAAGUGCCUACUGUGUGCCAGGCAUUGUGCUCGGUGCUGGGGAUACAAAGAGAAAAUAGAAACAAAUCACUUUAGGGGGGUGUUGGGGAAGGAAGGAACAACAUGUAUAAAAAUAAUAUAAAAUGUACAUAAAUUUAAUACCAAGUGAUUUGUGGAGAGCAUUAACAAUUUGGGUUGGGAACUAAGGCUUGAAAAGGGCUGAGGAUAGCACUGGGGGCAUGGAAGAUGUCCUCUGUUUCCUCUCUGACAGCCCCAGCUCUUCCCCUGACUUCGUAUUUCCCUUAUGCAGCUUUUCCUGUUUAACCAGGGUUAAAGCAGCAGCAGCAGCAGUAGUAGGAGGUGGGCUUGGAUGUGGGACCCAGGUUCAUAUGCAGACUCUGCUACUGCCUAUGUGAUUUGAGACCUCAGAUGCUAUUCUAUAAAGUGAGGGAGGUGGGAUGAGCCGGGAGAUGAACUCUAGGGUCCCAUCUAACUCGAGUUUUUGGUCUAAGUACCUGAGGCCUGGGUAGGAGUAUCAGGAGGGCACAGCCAUCUCCUGUCCUCUUUGUACCUCAGUUUCCUCACCAGGCCUGAACCCUGAUAAUGACAGAGUUCCUAUUUCUAGAAGGCUUUAGGCUUGCCCAAGUAUUCUCUAUAGCCUUGUGAAGAUGGCAGCGCCAACACCACCACUGCCGUUGCUGAGACAAUGAAGACCUAGAGAGAUGAAGGCCUUCCUCCUGCCGGGAUAGGAAUUCUGGUCCCCCGACUCCAAGCCCAGUGAUGUCUCCACUAAACCACUCUGCCUCUCCAACUGAGCUGAAGAGAAGGCCAAAUCAUCCUCGGUAAUGAAGAGGAAACAGGCCCGAGGAACCCCAGAUACACCCACCGGGAAUGGAAAGAGGCGCUGUUCAAGCUCAGCCUGGCCUCGCUCCCCUGCCCACAUCCACAACGGCUUAUCUUCCCCUGUGAAAAAGGGCAGGGGAUUCCAAAUGGGAAGACUUGGGUUUAAGCACAGGCUCUUUCGAGAGGCAUCUUGACAUGGAAAGAGCUAGAUGGCCUGUAUACAAAUGUUGCUUGGCAUAAUGGGAAGAGCAGUGGUUCUGCCAUCAAAGAAUCUGGAUUUAAGUUUCAUCUUUGAAAUUUAUUACCUGAGAGACCCCAAUGAAGUCACUAGACCUCAGUUUCCUUAUAUAUAAAAUGAGAACAGAAUUUGCACUAUUACCUCUGUGUGGUGAGGCAAGUGCUUUGUUAACUGUUCAAAGUGCCAUAGAAAUGCGAGCCAUUAUCACUUGUGGGAUUUGGGGCAAGAUAGAGGCAGCCAGAUGGCUGAGUGGAUAGAACACUGGACUUGGAAUCAGGGAGACCCAAGUUCAAAUCCUACCUCAGACACUUACUAGUUGGACAAUUUAGCCUGGGCAAUUCGUUUAACUUCUCUCGCCUCAGUUUCCUUGUCUGUGAAAUAAGGGAAUUGGACUCAAUGGCAUUAAAUGUCCCUAAUUCUGUGGUCCAUAAUUCUGUAAGUUCCAUCACAUCUCUGAGCCUCAGUUUCUUUAUCUGUAAAAUGGAGUUGGACUAAAUUUCUAAACUUCGUUUGAGCCUUAAAUCCUAUAAAUUUGUAAGCAGUGUGCCUCUGGAUAUGUUGUUUUAUCUCUGAGCUUCAGUUUCCUGAUCUGUAAAAUGUGGAUAAUAAUACCUAUGCUCUGGAACCCUUGUGGGGUUGCAAGGAAAGGGAUUUGCAAGCUUUAAAGGCCUGCAGGAAUAGGAGUGGUAAUUGUUAUAAUCAUGACCAAUUCCCUAGAGCCCCCCUUCACCUGUCUGGGGAUCAUCCACCCCAACCAGCUUCCUAGUGACCUUGGGCAUUGUCUGUGACUAUCAGUGACAUACUUAAUGGGGGAUGGACACAUAACAGGAUGUGUGAGUCCCAUUAUCUGGAGGCCCAGUAUGGUUCCUGGAAUCAUGUCCAUCUUCCUCCUCUUCCCCUCUGGCCUAUGGCUUUACUCCAGGGUGACCAUUCUGGGUGUGAUUUUAUUUUUAUAGGGUGGGUCAUAUAUGGAAGAAUGGAUGGAUUUCAUUUCCUGACAUAACAGUAGUUAGGCAGUGAAUUAGGUUACCUUCCUUUGGGUCAUUUCUGGGCUACCUUAGCUUUGCUUAGCCCCCAGCUCCUUUUCUACUGAGAGAGGCAGGAAUCUGGUGGCCUCCUGUUUCAGACUGGACCAAGAGAGAGGUAAGAGGAAAGAGCCCUCAAUGUGUGUUUCUCAAAAAGAGGGAAUAAACCUUGCACUGCAGGCAGUCAGCCAGCACAUAUGAUGUGCCAGACACUGUGCUAAACACUGGGGAUACAAAAGUCCUUGAGGAGCUGACAUUCUGUUAAGGAAAACACCUUGCAUACAUAAUAAAUACAAGUUGAUUUUGGGAAGGCGGAAGGCUCUAAUAACAAGGGAGAUGAACAUUUUCAUGUCCAAGGUGGUGCUUGAGAAAAGUAAGAAUUUGCUAACCAGCCUCUUCAAUCUCACUUUACCUCAGUUUCCUCAUCUGUAAAAUAAGAAUAAUAAUCCUGGGUUUCCUCACAUGGUGUUAGGUGUUGUGAAGAUCAAGUGGUACAAAGGCUGUGAAAUUGCAUUGUACAAUGCAAAGCUCUGGUUUCUUGUUUUUUUACUAACUAACUGUCAGAGUUUCUAGGGCCUCAUCUUUGCUGCCUCUUCUCUGGAGAAGUAAAACAAGCCUGGACUACUCCAAAAGACUCUUGGGUAAUCUCAUUCCUCUCUUCAUCAUUCCUCUGAACUUUCCCUUCAAAUUGGAGGAUGGGGUGGGGAGGGGGGGAUGUAAGGUAAAAGUUCUUCCCCCUACACCUUACCUAAUUACAGGAACUAUUCCCUCUAACAGAACUAAUUCAACUUUGAGAAAGGAUGCUUCUAGCAAAGGGUGUCUGAAACUCAAAUUUUCCUUCUUGGGGAGGAAAGGAGGAGCAGGGAUAGUGCUAGGCCUUCCUGACCCUGGAAAGGGGCAGGAUUGAAUAAUACCCAUCGGAGUAUUUAUUGCUCAUUAGUCUAACUAUUUGACUCCAGCCACCAGGAGGUCCUGCUGAUAAGCUUGGGUGUGGUGUCAUGAUGGAAGUCAUUUUUCCUUCAUCACCAUCACAGCUACCACUAUCAUCACCAUCAUCAUCAGUUUGUGUUUGCUGAUGCUCCAGUUCUUUUUUUUAGAAACAGGAUGGUUGACUGCCUGGCCCAGCCCCCAGGGCAUACCCCCAAAGAGGAAUGGAUACAGCUUCCUAUUCAGAUCUGGCCUUUCUUGUUGGACCAGGAAGGGUCCUGGUCCUGCAAGCCCACUCCUUGGCAACAAUAACAUCUAACCUUUAUAUAAACACUUUUAACUUUGCAAAGCCUUCUUCCUUAUCUCAUUUGAUACUUACCAUACACCUGUAAGGUAGGGAAGGUAGAUUUUUAUCCCCAUUUGAUAGAGGAGAAAACUGGCGUUAGAGACAUUAAUUAAGUCUGUUGGUACUAAGUACUCUAUAGGCUAAGAACUGGGUUUGGAGUCCUGGACCUUUCAUCUUUAUCACUGGAUGUAGUCAUCCAUCUAAACCAUCUAAAUUCAGCCCCAGCAGUACCACUUUCUAAUAGUAUGGGCCUGUUUCCUAAUCUAUAAAAACAAUCUCUGCAUUCCCUACUUUACAAAGUUGUUGCAAAAAAAAUACUUGAUUAUUAUUUGUCCUUUCUCAAAAGAGGACCAAUGGCAUCAGGGGGUUACUAUCUUGAUUUGAGAGUGAAUUGGAUUUAAGUGAGGCAAAGAUGUGUUAAAUUAUUAGCCUCAUUUUUUUUUCUCCAGAAUCAUCAGUCCAGUGGCAGUACCUAGAUUAGAAUGACUAGUAAUGACCCAGGAUGCAGUGGGGGACCUUGUGCUUUUUAAACUGGGGUCUUUCCCUGGUCUCAGUUUGUUUGAGGCAACACCCAUUCAGUGAUUAAGGUCUAGGUAAGAAUUGGGGCAAAAGAUGGCCUAAGUUGCCUUCACAAAAGAAUCAGAUUCUUCAGAGUUUCUGUCUAGAACAGAAAUAAUUGCUAUUUAUAUUCACUCACUUUGUACACCUUUGAGGGCUGUAUGAUUGGGAGCAAAUGAGGUUUAAAGAUACUGAUUCAAAGCUUGCAACUGAAAGUGGUUCGGAGCAGUUUCAAGAUAUCUUAGGAGCAUAAAGAUAUAUCCUGACCUAUCCUUAUUCCCUAUAUUUCAUGUGUGUAUAUGUGUAUGUGUGUGAGUGUGUGUGUGAGUGUGAGAAAGCCACGUGUUGAUAGAAUCUCCUUGAGUUCUUGAUUCAGGUGUUCCCUUGUGAAUUCCAGGACCCUGGGGAAUCAGGAUGACAGCCUUGGUUUUGUUAAUUAUAUGUUGAACCAGUAUAAUUAAAACCAGCCUCAGCAAGAGAAGACAGGCUGGUGGUUUGCAUACUUACCCUUUCCUCCUCUCCUGAAUUAUUCUUCAAACUUCACACUGGCAUAGUCUCCUGUAGUUUUACAUGUAACAGGUCCUCUGGAAUCCCUUCUCUUCUUUACUUAGGAGAGUAUGUGGUCCAAAGUGUCAAGUGAAGGCCUGACCUUGAAAGCAAUGAAGUCUAGUGGAAAGAGCAUCAGAUUUGGAGUCAAGGGGAACUUAGGUUUAAAUUCUGACUUCAUUAUUUACCAUUGUAAUAUUUGUGCCUUCCCUAGGAGAUUAUCUCCAAUUUAUCCUGUCUAUAUCUUUUUUUUUUUUUUAACAUAGUUAAUUGCAUGUUGUCUCCCUCAUCAGAUUGUAAGCUCUUUGAGGGCAGACUUGUUUUUGUUUUUCUUUGUAUACCUAGUACUUAUGUGCCUGGUGCAGAGUAAGUGCUUAAUAAAUACUUAUUGAGGUCUUCCCCUUUCUGGACCUUACUUUUUUUAUCUGUAAAAUGAAUAAGGGGUACUGUUCAUUGUUGGUGAAACCCAUAGGCUCAUCACUUUAGGAAAGGAAGCAACCUGAUGAUAUUCUGUAUGCCGAUCCCUUUCUUUUAUGUAUGAGGAAUAUGAGAUUCAGGAAGUUACAUGACCUCUCCAAGAUUUUACUAGGAAUAGGGUUAGAUAGAGAAUUAGAAUGAAAUCCUCUUUCUAGAGGUAGUCUCAUUCUAUUGUUCCAUGCUGCCUUGAUUAUUUU